ACCUCUCCCGUUGCGGAGCACAGGCUCCGGACACACAGGCUCAGCGGCCAUGGCCCACGGGCCCAGCCGCUCCGCGGCAUGUGGGAUCUUCCCGGACCGGGGCAUGAACCCGUGUCCCCUGCAUCGGCAGGCGGACUCUCAACCACUGCGCCACCAGGGAAGCCCUCCCCUUAAACUCUUGAUAUUAGCAAUCUUUCAUAUCAUUUGGUGUUUUUUUGGUAAUACUGGUAAAAAACGGCAAUACUAGUAAGUAAUGAUAAUGGUGCCUACUCUAAUAAUUGCUUCACUUUUCCUGAAAUUAACCAUUGGUCAGAUUUUUCACAUUCAGUUUCAGACAUUUAGUCUGUUGGUUUAUUAGAAUAUUCCCACUGACUUUUGUCUCACUUUUCCUAGGGGAAAUGCAGGUGGAAUUCUAGCAGUUUGGAAUAUUAAGGAAUUAAACUUAAGGGAUAAAACAGGGCAGUUCUCCAGUUUGAAUGUCUUGUAUAUUCAUAAUCUCAAUAUAAGUUCUGGAUUGGUAGUUUUGCCUGUGUGUCUCUAAAGACUAAUAUCUCAUUUAAUACUUUCUAAUAAGGUAGAAAAUACUUAGAACCUCUUUCUUUUCAAGUAGUCAUUGAGUCAACAUUUAUUCAAAACAGGCUGUCAUAGCUUACAGGGAAUGAUAUCUUCUUAGUAUUCAAAGAAAUUGGGAAGCCCCAUUCUAGUUGACUCUUAGCUAGUCAAUACCUGUGACUGACAUAGUACUUGUGGCAGAUCAAGCAGUUAAUUCUUUUGAAGAUGGAGAGAUGAUAGAGAAAUUAACCAUGUGAUAAAUAUUUAUAUGUUUGAUAUUUAAUGGUACAUUCAAAGAUCAUGUGGAUUUUAAAUCCAUGAAAUAAAGAGACUGGAGAAAGGGGUACUGAGAAAAUCAAAUGUAUGUGUAAAGAUACUAAGUUUAUUAAAAUGAAUGUAAGAUAGUGAAGAGUGAUUUUUAUGGCAUUUUGUGUAAAAAUGGGAUUCCCAAUUUUUCUUUCCAUUUUGGAGGCAUGGUUCUGAAGUUAUUAUUAAAGUUUAUAAUUCUAUAAAUAAGUAUUUAUUUUAAGCAUACCUUUUGGACAGUAUAUAUGAUUUAUUAACGGUCAUUAUGAACUCCUAAAACCCCUCUAAUUUUGAUUGCAGAUGUUGUAGAACAACCAGUACUAGUCCAAGGAAAUAGUAACAGAAGAUCUGUCAGUACCCUCAAACCUUGUGCUAAAGAUGCAUAUAUGCUUUUCCAGGACCUUUGUCAGUUGGUUAAUGCUGAUGCCCCUUACUGGCUAGUAGGCAUGACAGAAAUGACCCGAACAUUUGGCCUCGAAUUACUUGAGUCAGUCUUGAAUGAUUUUCCACAAGUCUUUUUACAACAUCAGGAAUUUAGUUUCCUCCUCAAAGAAAGGGUAUGUCCUCUUGUGAUAAAGCUCUUUUCUCCAAAUAUAAAGUUCAGACAAGGUUCCAGCACUUCAUCUUCUCCAGCACCAGUUGAAAAACCAUAUUUUCCUAUCUGCAUGCGUUUGCUGAGAGUAGUAUCUGUUCUGAUUAAGCAAUUUUACAGUCUUUUGGUAACUGAAUGUGAAAUAUUUCUGUCACUUCUGGUGAAAUUUCUGGAUGGAGAUAAACCACAGUGGCUACGAGCUGUUGCAGUGGAAUCAAUACACAGACUCUGUGUGCAGCCUCAGCUACUGAGGUCAUUUUGUCAGUCCUAUGAUAUGAAACAGCAUUCUACCAAGGUUUUUCGUGAUAUUGUGAAUGCACUGGGAUCUUUUAUCCAGUCCUUGUUUCUUGUCCCUCCGACUGGAAAUCCUGCUACGACAAACCAAGCUGGAAGCAAUAAUUCAGGUGGCCCUGUCUCGGCACCAGCUAACUCAGGAAUGUUGGGGAUUGGUGGAGGUGUUACUUUGCUACCAGCAUUUGAAUAUAGGGGAACUUGGAUACCUAUUCUGACUGUAACAGUACAAGGCAGUGCUAAAGCAACCUACCUAGAGAUGUUGGACAAAGUUGAGCCCCCGACUAUACCAGAAGGUUAUGCUAUGUCUGUGGCAUUCCAUUGUUUGCUAGACCUUGUACGUGGAAUCACUAGUAUGAUUGAAGGAGAGUUAGGAGAGGUUGAAACAGAAUGUCAGACAACUACCACUGAAGCAGUUUCUUCACCAGCACAGUCAUCAGAACAGCAAGAAUUACAGUCAACAUCAGACCAAAUGGAUAAAGCAAUAGUUAGUAGAGCUGUUUGGGAAGAAAUGGUGAAUGCCUGCUGGUGUGGUCUGCUUGCUGCACUCUCACUCCUUCUUGAUGCCAGCACAGAUGAAGCUGCCACUGAGAAUAUUUUAAAAGCUGAACUGACUAUGGCUGCUCUUUGUGGAAGACUGGGCCUUGUAACUUCAAGAGAUGCCUUUAUAACUGCAAUAUGCAAAGGUUCCCUGCCUCCCCAUUAUGCUCUUACUGUAUUGAAUACCACCACUGCAGCCACACUUUCCAACAAAUCAUAUUCCAUUCAGGGCCAAAGUGUUAUGAUGAUCAGUCCAUCAAGUGAAUCUCACCAGCAAGUUGUGGCAGUGGGUCAACCGCUAGCAGUCCAGCCUCAAGGGACAGUAAUGCUAACUUCCAAAAAUAUCCAGUGUAUGAGGACUUUACUUAACUUGGCACACUGCCAUGGGGCUGUUCUUGGAACAUCAUGGCAACUUGUCUUGGCAACUCUACAGCAUCUAGUAUGGAUUCUGGGAUUAAAGCCUAGUAGUGGUGGUGCCUUGAAACCUGGGAGAGCUGUAGAAGGACCCAGUACAGUUCUAACAACAGCAGUGAUGACAGAUUUGCCAGUGAUUUCCAACAUACUUUCAAGAUUGUUUGAAAGCUCACAGUAUCUUGAUGACGUAUCAUUGCAUCAUUUAAUAAAUGCACUUUGUUCCUUAUCCCUAGAAGCAAUGGAUAUGGCCUAUGGAAAUAAUAAGGAACCAUCUCUUUUUGCUGUUGCCAAAUUGUUAGAAACUGGUCUAGUUAACAUGCACCGAAUAGAAAUUCUAUGGAGACCUCUAACUGGCCAUCUACUUGAGGUGUGCCAGCAUCCAAACUCUCGAAUGAGAGAAUGGGGAGCAGAAGCUUUAACUUCACUUAUUAAAGCAGGAUUAACAUUUAACCAUGAUCCUCCACUUUCACAAAACCAGAGGCUGCAGUUGCUUUUACUGAACCCAUUAAAGGAGAUGUCCAGUGUUAACCAUCCAGAUAUCCGACUCAAGCAAUUAGAAUGUGUGUUGCAGAUUCUGCAGAGUCAGGGAGACAGUCUUGGGCCUGGAUGGCCGUUAGUGCUUGGAGUUAUGGGAGCAAUCAGAAAUGAUCAAGGAGAAUCCUUGAUACGAACUGCAUUCCAGUGUCUUCAGUUGGUUGUGACAGAUUUUCUACCAACAAUGCCUUGCACUUGCCUGCAGAUAGUUGUAGAUGUUGCAGGUAGCUUUGGACUUCAUAACCAAGAACUUAAUAUUAGUUUAACUUCAAUAGGUUUAUUGUGGAAUAUUUCAGAUUAUUUUUUCCAAAGAGGAGAAACUAUUGAAAAAGAAUUAAAUAACGAAGAAGCAGCACAGCAAAAGCAGGCAGAAGAAAAAGGAGUGGUUUUAAAUCGGCCGUUCCACCCUGCACCACCGUUUGAUUGUUUGUGGUUGUGUCUUUAUGCAAAAUUGGGUGAACUAUGUGUGGACCCCCGUCCUGCUGUCAGGAAGAGUGCAGGGCAAACUCUAUUUUCGACAAUUGGUGCACAUGGAACUUUAUUACAGCCCUCAACGUGGCACACUGUUAUUUGGAAGGUUCUCUUUCAUCUACUGGACCGAGUUCGAGAGUCUUCUACCACUGCAGACAAAGAAAAGAUUGAGUCCGGAGGUGGCAAUAUUCUCAUUCAUCAUUCAAGGGACACAGCAGAGAAGCAAUGGGCUGAGACAUGGGUUUUAACAUUGGCCGGAGUAGCAAGAAUCUUCAACACUAGAAGAUAUUUACUGCAACCUUUAGGAGAUUUUUCAAGAGCAUGGGAUGUUCUUCUUGACCAUAUACAAUCAGCAGCACUCAGCAAAAACAAUGAAGUAUCUCUGGCUGCGCUGAAAAGCUUCCAGGAAAUUUUACAGAUUGUGACCCCUGUCAGAGACUCAGAUAAGCCUGAGACACCACCUGCAGUUAAUGUCCCUGUGCCUGUCCUUUUAGGGUCCAUAUCAGGCCCUGGCCUGAACAGGCCAUUUGUAAGAACAGAUUCCAUUGGAGAAAGACUUGGAAGAUAUAGCAGCUCUGAGCCACCCGUAGUUACUGAUGAGCUUGAAGAUUUGAAUCUCUGGUGGGCUGCAUGGAAUACCUGGUAUAGAGUUGGAUCUGAAAGCACUAAGCCUCCUAUUACUUUUGAUAAACUAACUUUCAUUCCCAGCCAGCCUUUUCUUACAGCUUUAAUUCAAAUAUUUCCAGCUCUUUACCAACACAUAAAAACUGGUUUCAACAUGGAUGAUUUGCAAAAGUUGGGAGUCAUACUACACAGUGCCGUUUCAGUCCCAAUAAGUUCAGAUGCAUCCCCUUUCAUUCUUCCAUCUUACACUGAAGCAGUUUUGACAAGUUUACAGGAAGCUGUACUUACAGCUCUAGAUGUUCUCCAAAAGGCCAUCUGUAUAGGACCGGAAAACAUGCAGAUAAUGUAUCCAGCUAUAUUUGACCAGUUAUUGGCAUUUGUAGAAUUUUCCUGUAAACCUCCACAGUAUGGACAGCUAGAAACAAAACACAUUGCAAAUGCAAAAUAUAAUCAGGCGGAAUGGGUAGCCUUGAAUUAUGUACCAUUUGCUGAAAGGUCUUUAGAAGUAGUUGUGGAUUUAUACCAAAAAACAGCCUGUCACAAAGCAGUGGUGAAUGAGAAAGUACUCCAGAAUAUUAUUAAGACUCUUAGGGUUCCUCUCAGUUUGAAGUAUUCCUGCCCUUCUGAAAGCACAUGGAAACUAGCAGUAUCUUCUCUCCUCAAAGUUCUUUCUAUUGGGCUACCUGUUGCCCGGCAGCAUGCUUCUUCUGGAAAAUUUGACAGUAUGUGGCCAGAACUAGCCAACACUUUUGAAGACUUUCUCUUUACUAAAAGCAUACCUCCAGAUAACCUCUCUAUUCAAGAAUUUCAAAGAAAUGAAAGUAUUGAUGUUGAGGUAGUUCAGAUUAUCAGCACUGAGAUACUACCUUAUGCCAAUUUUAUUCCUAAGGAAUUUGUUGGUCAGAUAAUGACUAUGCUUAAUAAGGGAUCAAUACAUUCUCAGUCAUCUUCAUUUACAGAAGCAGAGAUUGAUAUUCGUUUGAGAGAAGAAUUUUCUAAAAUGUGUUUUGAAACACUGCUCCAGUUUUCCUUCAGCAAUAAAGUCACAACACCUCAAGAAGGCUACAUCUCACGGAUGGCACUCUCAGUGCUUCUAAAGAGGUCUCAAGAUGUACUACAUCGUUAUAUAGAGGAUGAAAGAUUAAGUGGUAAAUGCCCUCUUCCAAGGCAACAAGUAACAGAAAUCAUAUUUGUCUUAAAAGCAGUCAGUACUCUCAUUGAUUCACUUAAGAAAACUCAGCCUGAGAAUGUUGAUGGAAAUACCUGGGCACAAGUAAUUGCCUUAUACCCAACUUUAGUAGAAUGCAUCACCUGCUCAUCUUCAGAAGUCUGCUCUGCACUUAAAGAGGCACUAGUUCCUUUUAAGGAUUUCAUGCAACCACCAGCAUCCAAAGUUCAAAAUGGAGAAUCUUGACCAGCUACAAUAAAUCUUAAGAAGAAUGAUAUACAAAAAUGUUUGCUCCUCAGUGAAUUUUCUGUGAGAAGGACGUUUCUUACUACAAAUAAUUCUUGGCAGCUGUUGUUAGCCUCCUUUAAAUUGUACUUACCUGAGUUAAGUAAUUCAUAUUACAAGCUUACAUGUCAACAAAGGUUCCUGAAUGAGUAGCAGUGCAAGCCUUUAAUAAAUUAAACUGAUGGGAGAGAUAGUUAAUACUACAGCAUACCUGCUACCAUAUCUUCAGUUGGUGAUUUAAAAGUAAGCUUAUGUACAGUUUGUGGUGUAUGUGUUAAUGAUGUACUUUUUAAAAAGAAAGAAAAGAUAUUUCAUUUUGUCAGAUUUAUUAGGCUGGUGUUUU